AUGUCCGCUAUCCCGGACGAAGACCUCUCCAUUCCCAUUCCCGCCUAUCCUCCCCCACGAGAUCAAGCACAACAGCAACAACAUGCCGCGCGAUCUGAUCCCCCGCCCCAAACACGCACCCAACAGCGCUUGGGUCAGUACAAUAUCGUUAAAACUCUCGGUGAAGGUUCCUUUGGCAAGGUAAAGCUUGCAGUACAUCAGACUUCCGGCCAGAAGGUCGCUCUUAAGAUCAUAAAUAGACGAAAGCUCGCGAACCGAGAUAUGGCUGGUAGAGUCGAACGUGAGAUCCAGUACUUACAGCUGUUACGGCAUCCUCACAUCAUCAAACUAUACUCGGUCAUUACCACUCCUACCGAAAUCAUCAUGGUUAUCGAAUAUGCCGGCGGCGAACUCUUUGAUUAUAUUGUCAAACACGGUCGAAUGGACGAAACCCAAUCGAGACGUUUCUUUCAGCAAAUAAUAUGCGCCGUAGAAUACUGUCACAUCCACAAAAUCGUCCAUCGUGACUUGAAACCCGAGAACUUGCUCCUAGACGAUAAUCUGAAUGUCAAAAUCGCCGACUUCGGACUCUCAAAUAUCAUGACAGACGGCAAUUUCUUGAAAACAAGUUGUGGCAGUCCAAAUUAUGCCGCCCCAGAAGUCAUUUCGGGGAAGCUGUAUGCUGGACCUGAGGUAGAUGUCUGGAGUUGUGGGGUUAUUCUCUACGUUAUGCUGUGUGGGAGGUUGCCGUUUGAUGACGACUACAUUCCGACUCUAUUCAAAAAGAUUGCUCAGGGUACAUACCAUAUUCCCACAUAUCUAUCUCGGGAAUCCGUAUCACUUCUGAAAAAGAUGCUGGUCGUCAACCCUGUCAACAGAAUUACAGUUGCUGAGAUCAAACAGGACCCAUGGUUCCUCAAGGAUCUCCCAGACUAUCUAUGGCCUCCGGCCCAGGAAUUCCUCGACACUGGCGUAGACCCAUCGAAGAUUCUUUCCGCUCUACCGAAGCCGCCUAAGCAGUUGCACGACAACCUUGUCAAUAAGCUGAGUGACAAGCUUGGUUACGGGAAAGAUGAUUUGGUCGAUGCACUAGAGAGACCUGAGCCGAGUGCUAUAAAGGAUGCAUACGAUAUUCUCAAACAUAACUACGCGAUGCGAAAAGAUGCACGUGCAUCGAAAGCACCACCAUCGUUCUUAGCACAAUCUCCACCUGCGUGGCAUGCAUUCCCCCACUCCCCGCCUAUCCAAGAAAGUUUCACACCGCUUAGCCCCGUUGGUAAUCGUGGCACUCCGUCACCUGGACCAAAUUCUUCAGGCGGGACAAACACUCCUCGCUCAGGUGUAUCAAGCAUUACCUCUCCUAUAAUGAAGCUUACACUCGGUGGAUCGGAUGGUGUUACCAAGGACGAUGUUGGCGCCCCAGCUAGCAGUUUAACCAACCCUAACAUCCCGCCAAAUUCUACUGUUUCAAUCUUACCUACCAGUCUUCCAGAGUACCAUCGGGCUUUCAUGAAGGGCGGUCCCGGAGCGGCAGCAGCUUAUCAGCAGCAGCAAGCCGCCCAAUCCGCCGCAUCGGCGUCUAUACCAAUCAAGGAAUCCCGUCGUAUUCGUUCAGUUUCAAGUCGAUCUUCUAGCCGACCUGAUCCUAUGACACCCCUUAACCCAGCCGCGCGAAAGUCUAGACCCACGAAAUGGCAGUUCGGUAUAAGAUCCCGGAACCAGCCUCUCGAUGCUAUUGCAUGUAUUUAUCGUGCUCUUAGAAAGCUAGGCGCCGAAUGGCUUGUACCCGCUCAAAAGGGCGGCGACAAGGGGACUGAAUACGAGAAUCAGGAUCGGCCUAGUGGCAACGAAAACUCGAAUGAUGAUAUACUCGAACCCGAGACACCACCAGGAUCCCGUCGCGACGGAAGUAACAGUCGACGUAGUAGUUCCUCGUCAACUUCAUCGUAUCGACAGGGUGGCAGUGGCGCAGAAAACGAGAUUCCGGAAGACCCUUGGGUGAUUCAUUGUAGAUGGAAGAAGCAGGGAUAUAAGCACACCACGCCACCGAGACCUUCUUCGGCGCAUUCGAAUUAUAGCAGUGUCAGUCGGGGAGGCCUAGGCGCAGGAGUGGGAGAAGUGGAGGAUGCAGUCUACGUUUAUAUGGAGAUACAGCUAUACCAGUUGGAGAGCAAUUUUUACUUGGUAGACUUCAAGUGUGCAGGGUACGAACGGGUUGAUGGCGAAGGGAACGUGGUUGUGCCGAAAGAAGUUGAAAAGGUGGUUGAGGAAUUAAGAAAGGAGAAUGAACGGAAGGGGGGUUCGGCGGGGCCACCGGCAGACCCUAGAGCGGCAAUGAUGGAGAGAAGUAAGAGUACUAGGAGUACUAAGAGUGAGAGCGGAAGUCAGUACAGCGGGUGGAAGAGCAUCGAGGAGAAGGAAAUCUCAAGUCCCUUUCCCUUUUUAGAUUUGGCGGGCAAGUUGAUAAUCCAGUUGGCCGAAGCAGAUUAA